UUACAUUGCAACGAUUUAAGUCGUGGUGUGUCGUAGCUUAUUACAUUACACAGCAAAAUGUCUCGUUUUACGGUUCUCUUUGUCAUCGCUUUGGCGUAUGACGCAUUUGGAGCUAUUGCAAAGGACUCCCCAGCUACGGAUUCUAAGCCUGAACAGAGCGGCUUUAUCGCGCCAGUGAUUGCUGACGGGCACAAUGAAGCUGCAUUUGGCUAUGAUAUUGCUGGACCCGCGAUAAUCGGCGCCCAUGGUGCCGUCGGCAGUGGGCAAGCCCUGAACCAAGCUGCAGCUGUAGGCGCCGCUCAACUCAGUGCCAUUCAAAACGCACAAGCUGUUCAAGCUGCGCAAAUCGCCAACGCCGCCGCCGCCGCCAUCCAAGGAGCUCGUGUAACCGAAGCUGCAGCAAGGGGUGCUGGAUACAAUGCUAUACAAAACGCUCAAGCUUUAGAUGCCGCGCGCGUUGCCAAUGUUCAGAGAGCUAAUGCUGCUGCUUAUGAAAAUGCUCGUGCUGCUGAAGCUGCCAGACGCGCUGCGGCUGGAAGUGCCGCGGAAGUCGCUCGAGCGGUAGAGGCUGAACGUAUGGCCAAUGCUGCUCGUAUCCAGGCUAUUGCUAUUGCAAAUACUAGAGCAGCAGAAGCCGCCCGUAUCGCGAAUGCAGCACGUGCGCAGGCCGUUGCAGUUGCUACAAGCGCCGCUCAAGCUCAAGCUGUCGCUGAUGCAGCUGCCCGAAAUGCUCAACAAGGAGCUCUGCUACUCGGUGAAGGUGGUCUAGCUGGAGGUGUGAUUGCAGGCCCCGGUGUUGUCGGAAUUGCACGUGGUGGAGCUGGCCUUGGCUAUGGCGCUGGCGGUUACGGAUACGGUGGUUAUGGAUAUGGUGGUUACGGAGACAGCAAACUCUAUCACUAAGAAGAACCAGUGAACAAAUCUUUAUCCCC